UCACUUGAACUAGGUUGGAGUUUAGCAGACUAUUCCUUGCGGACUAGCAGGUAGUAGUUUCAGAUUAGCGGUUUAGCACGGUGCGUCAGAUUAGCAGGCCGCUUUGAUUUAGCAAUCUAAAUAGAGUAUCUGUUUGCAAACUGGUUGCGCUUCGGGCUGCAGUCGAUCCUUUCGUCCGACGGUUCUGCAAAUCCGAAACCAAUGACGCUGCAGGAAGAAUCCGCGAAGCUGCACGAUAGAGCGACCGUUGUUAGCACGGCGGAUCUUGCUCGUUGUGGACGCGUGGCAGCUGACAUGGCAGCGGACGUCCCAGAUGACGUGGUUAGGAAGAAUGCGCAUGACGUGGAGAGAGCUUGUAACGGAGUCCUCCCGAUCGCGACCGCGAAUCCUUCCGCCACGGCCUGCGCGGUUUCCGCCUCUGGGGCUUUCGCCAGCAGCGCUUCCACCGGUAGUGCUUCCGCCAGCUCCCCCUCGUCUACUCCCGAAUUGGUUCCCCGCUCCUCCCGCCCCGCCACGCCAACCAUGCCCCUAGAUGCCCCCCCAAAACCCCCUCGCCCGAUUAAUCUAUCCAUAAGCACGACUUUUUCAGGGGAAAACACCCCAGCGGGGCCGUCGCCCCGCGUGGCUGCUGCGGCGGCUGUGGCGGCUGCUGCUGCCGAGACGCUUUGGGAAACGCCGCCGAAGCAGACUGCCGGGACAGGCUCGGGAACAGGUUCGGGGACAGGUUCGGCAGCGACAUUGCAACGGCAAGGCUCGGGGAAAGGGUCGGGAGUCAGUUCGCCAUCAGGACGAGUGGCUGAUUGGGGCGGCAUCAGCGGUGGUCCGGUGCUGCAGCGGCAGCCGUCAGGCUCGGCAUCAGGUUCGGACACGCCGAAGCUGAAGCAGUGGUUAGCGGCCCAUCCCUCCGCACACGGCUUGGAUAAAGCUGCUCUUGUCGUGGACGGCUCGGUUUGGUCGUAUCUGUGGAGGGAGGUGGUGGGGAGGGACGGGGCGGCGAGGGAGGGGGGGAAGGGCGCGGACGUGCGGAGAGAAAAGGUUUAUAACACCAUGUUCAACGUGCCGUGGCGAUGCGAACUGCUCAUCGUCAUGGGUUACUUGGUGUGUCUCGACUCCUUUCUCUCGCUCCUCGCCAUCCUCCCCAUCCGCCUCUUCCUCCUCGCCUUCAAGCUGCUGCUGUCGCCCUGGAGAGGCAGGCUGCACGUAAGUGUGGACGAAGUAGCUGACGUCAGCAGGGGAAUCACGAUUCUUAGCGCUGUGCUGGUGCUGCAGCAGGCUGACGUCAGCCUCAUUUACCACUGGAUCCGCGGACAGAACAUACUCAAACUAGUCUUUCUAUUUAAACUCUUGGAGGUGAGAUACAUACAGGCUUUUAUUUAUUUGAGGGGAAGGCUGCACGUGGGUGUGGACGAAAUAGCUGACGUCGGCAGGGGGGUCAUCAUCGUAUGCGGCGUGCUGGCACUGCAGCAGGCUGACGUCAGCCUCAUCUACCACUGGAUUCGAGGCCAGAAUAUUCUGAAGCUCGUUGUGAUCUAUAAUGUGCUCGAGGUGAUGGACAAGCUGUGCCAGAGCCUCGGCUGCGACGUGCUCCAGAUGACCCUCAACACGGCGGCCCGAGUGGCUGCCGCCGCUGCUGCAGCCGGCACAACCACAGAAGCCACAGCAACAGAAGCCGCAGCAGCAGGGGCAGGAAGAGCAGGAGCAGCAGCAGGAGGGGGGGGGGCACCAGCAGCAGCAACAGGACUAGCAGCAGCAGCAGCAGCAGCAGCGGCACCUGCUGCCGGGUCCCUACCAUCCGAAGCCCUUCGAUUUGUCAUCGACGAGUGCAUCGCGGUGGGCUGCUUCCUGCUGCACGCGCUGGUGCUGCUGACCCAAGCCAUCACCCUCAACGUGGCCAUCAACUCGCACAACCACAUCCUCGUCACUCUCCUCGUGUCGAACAAUUUUGCCGAAGUGAAAUCCAACGUGUUCAAAAGAUUCAGCCGGGAGAAUAUUCACAAGCUGGCAUGUUUGGACACGGUGGAACGGUUUCAUCUCUCGUGUCAUCUCCUCUUUGUGAUCGUACAGAACGUCGUCAAGGGGCAGGGCACCACCCUGGCCUUCUUUGUUCGGAACGUGUGCACGGUGUGGGGCUGUGAGAUGCUGGUGGACAACUUAAAGCACUCCUUCCUGGCUAAGUUCAACGAGAUCAAGCCGGAGACAUACUCCGACUUCCUCCUCUCCCUCUGCAGACAGGUUCUGGAGGACCGCUGCCACCAUGUGCAUCGCACCAUGAGCUUUGUGCCGCUUGGGCCGGCAUGCAUUGUGAUUCGAGUUGUCACUCCGUUGAUAGCCUCUUUCAUACCUGCCGGCCACCCAUUGUUGUUUCGUUGCACAGCCCCAUUAGUUAUCAUGGGUGCCGUGUUGUUCCUUGCACUGGUAAAAGCGCACCUUGCCAUCUUUCUUCAGAUGUAUUCCAGAUGGUAUAUUUUGCGCCAUAGAGAAACAGAAGCUAAGCUUCACAAGGAUUGAUGGAUUACAUGCGGUAUGCGUUGCUAAUAUGUUGUAUGUGAAGUUCCUCCAUAUCAAGUUUGUGUUCUGGCCAGGGCCUCAGAUAGGAUUCUAGGCAUCCUUAGGGCAAGCCCCCAAACAAGCGUGUAGCAGUCAGGGUUGGCCGCUUAUGUUCAUACUGAUUCCU